GUCAGCAAUUGUUUGUUAUCAAGUAUUACAAUCUAAUUUUUUGGAAAACAGUUUUUCAAAUUUUUAAAUUUUUGUAGGUAUACUUCGAUUCUUAAAUAUGAAGCUUUUUAUAACUACAAUUUUGCUUUGUUUGACUUGGCUGAGUUACGGAAAAAUAAACCGAAAGGAUUUUAGUGCUAGUCAAUUGGAGAGAAUUGACACAAUACAUCAAAUAUGCCAACACACAACUGGUGUCUCUGACACACUUAUCAAUCAAAUGAUUAUGGGCCAAUUUCCAGAGGAUCCAAAAGCAAAGAGAUAUUCAUACUGUCUUUGGAUGGUUUAUAUGGAGAUGGACGAUGAACUAGACUUGGACAUCAAACAUAUGUGGGAAUUUUUACCCCACAUUCAUAAAGCUGAUGUGCACAUCUAUAUGCAAUGUAAUGCAGAGGCAAAAAAAUUACCUGGCAAUGAUGUUGUUCAAAAGAUGUGGCAAAUGCAAAAAUGUGCUCAGGGUAGAGUGGACGCUCAGCACUACUUAUUCUUCUAGCCAGCUGGAGUUAUUGUUAUAUUGAAAAAUUAGAUGACAAUCGCAGUAUAAUAAACUAUUUCCGAA